UUCAUAUAGUAAGCUAAUAUAUAUAUAUAUAAACAACUCUCCAUAUUCUUUUUUUCAUCUCUCUUCUUCUCACUCUACUUACUACAAACAACUAGUCCCUUCAAAAACAGAGCAUCAUCAUAAGGGUAGUAAUAAUUUGAUGGAAUUCUGGAAGCUGUUUGUUGUUGCAUUAAUGCCAAUUGUUAAGGUUUUGUUGAUUACUGUUGUUGGUAUUCUUCUUGCACUUGAUCGUUUUCAUAUACUCACUCAGGAAACUUCAAGGAAAAACUUGAAUACUAUUGUGUUUUUUGUGUUCUCCCCUGCUCUUGUUUGUGGCAGCCUAGCUGAAACAAUAACUUCAAAGAGCUUGCUUAUGCUAUGGUUCAUGCCAUUGAAUAUUCUUCUCACAUUUAUAAUUGGAGCUGUUCUUGGAUUAUUACUUGUUAAAGUCAUUAGAGUUCCUCGUCAUCUUCAUGGUCUUGUCUUAGGGUGUUGCACUGGAGGAAGUCUUGGAAAUUUGCCUUUGAUUAUUGUUCCAGCUAUUUGUAAACAAAAAGGAAACCCUUUUGGAGAUGCAGAUAUUUGUCAUAAAAAUGCACUUGGUUAUGCUUCACUAACGAUGGCGAUAGGAUCAAUUUACGUUUGGACAAUUGUGUAUAACAUUGUUCGCGUGUAUUCCAUCAAUAUUUCCGAUGAUGAAGAUAGAGCACAUACAAAUCAUGUAAAGCAACUUGAAAUUGAAUGCACAAUUUCUAAUGAAAGAGUAAAGGUACCAAAAAAUGAAAAGAUUAUGAAACAUUUAAAAGUCAUAGUAGAAAAGAUCAACCUCAAAGCAUUAUUUGCACCAGCAACAAUUGGAGCAAUUGCUGGUCUAAUAAUUGGCCUAGUUCCUAUAUUUCGAAAACUCUUGAUUGUAAACAAUGCUCCUCUUGCUGUUAUUCAAGACUCUAUAGUCAUGGUAGGGGAUGCAGGAAUUCCAGCAAUUACCUUGUUGGUUGGAGCAAAUCUUAUAAAAAACUUAAAAGGAUUAGGAAAGCAACUUCCAAUUAUUGUUGGAAUUAUUGUGGUUAGAUUUAUAGCAUUACCAGGAAUAGGUAUUGGAAUUGUUAAAGGUGCUAUUCAUUUUGGAUUGAUCCAUCCUGAUCCAUUGUAUCAAUUUCUUUUGCUGCUUCAUUUUACACUUCCACCUGCAGUAUCCAUGAGUACAAUUACUCAAUUAUUUGGAGUUAAUGAGGGUGAAUGUUCAGUUAUCAUGUUUGCAACUUAUUCUUGUGCUGCAUUUUCACUUACAUUAUGGAGCACUUUUUUUAUGUGGCUAGUACUAUAAUUAUUUUAUACUAGUAUAUUUUAACAAUUAUGCUCCACUUUCUCUUUUGUUAAUUAGAUUAGGUUUGAUAGUCAUUAGACUCAUAAAAGUUAUAUCAAAAUCUUGAAUGAAAGGAUUGACUUACAAGUUUAAAGAUUA